GUAGAUGUAGAAUCUAAUGUAUUCCUUUUCUUUCAGCAUCUACCUCUCCCCAAAUCACCUAUAACAGCUUUGACAAUGGCCUCCAACUAUCAGUCGAGCAGUGUAACCACUAACUUCGCCCGACUGUCUAGACUUGUCCUUGAUGUUGUUUGUGACCUUCUCAGAGAUGUGCUCGAAGCCAAAGUGCCACCCCCAGGACUUACUGCCAUUCUAGGAAGUCAAAAAGAUCAGCUUUGCAGAAAUCUUGAACAUCGUCAGCGACAGAUUCUUUAUCCCUCAGGUGGAGUGUUCUCAGGUACCCUGGAGGACUUGGACUUUACACUUCUAUAUAAACUACUAAGAAACCUCCAGAGUAUCAAUAUUCCACCACACCAGACUGGUUGGGGGAAGCCACCAGACCCAGCAGACAGGUCACUUUCAGCUAAUAUUGACCGGUUAAGAGUCCAGCGAAAUGAAGCUUAUGGGCACCUGCCGACUGCAUCACUGUCUGAUUCAGACUUCCAUACGAGGUGGAGUCUCAUCCGUCAGAGCGUGUUCGAAAUAGAAAAGGACGCUUUGACAGGUAACACAUACGUAACAGCUGUGGAUGGUCUACUGACCCUGAGCAUGGACCCUGAGGCAGAGAAAUAUUAUAUAGAGGAACUAGAGAAACAACACAAGGCAGACUUGGAGGUCAAGGCCAUUGUACAAGAGGUCAAAGCUAGACAGGAGGUCAUGGCAACAAACAUCAGUGAAGUUUCAACCAAACAGGAAGUCAUGGCAACAACCAUCAGUGAUGUUUCCACCAGGCAGGAAGUCAUGGCAACAAACAUCAGUGAUGUUUCCACCAGACAGGAAGUCAUGGCAACAACCAUCAGUGAUGUUUCCACCAGACAGGAGGUCAUGGCAACAAACAUCAUUGAAGUUUCCAACAAGCAGGAAGUCAUGGCAACAAACAUCAGUGAUGUUUCCACCAGGCAGGAAGUCAUGGCAACAAAGAUCAGUGAUGUUUCCCCCAGACAGGAAGUCAUGGCAACAAACAUCAGGGAUGUUUCCACCAGGCAGGAAGACAUGGCAACAACAAUCAGUGAUGUUUCCAGCAGGCAGGAAGUCAUGACAACAAACAUCAGUGAUGUUUCCACCAGACAGGAAGUCAUGGCAACAACUAUCAGUGAUGUUUCCACCAGGCAGGAAGUCAUGGCAAGGGAUAUGCAUGACUUAAAAG